AUUCAACUUCAAACGGGCAAACCGCGCGUUCGCUAUUUCGCUUGAUUUUGAUUUCGAAUUUUGAUCUCUUAAAUAUCACAAAUAUUAAUUGCUAUAUAGCAGAGCUAAACGCGUUCUUAAUAUAAGUGUGUUUUGUCUUUUUGGGGUUUGGGGGUACAAAAUAACUAAAAAUUUCUGUUGCUGUUUUGCGUCGUAAGUUUAUGUUUUGUAUGGGUUGCUGUUGUUGUUGUUGUUGUUGCUGGUGCUUUCAUUUUGCAGCAAGCUGCUGCCAGUACAUACACACACCACAUCUAUACAUACAUGCGUACAUAUAUGUACAUAUGUAUGUAUAUAAGUAAGUGUGUUUACUGUUACUGUCGUCCGUUGCUGGUUUUUAUUUUUUUCAAUGCAUGACUGCGCGCCGCAAUGUUGAGAAAAGCUUUUCCUCAACUGUAUGGCAUAAAAGUUAGCGCGACGCGGCAAUAACAAAUAUAUACACGAAAAAAUGAAAGAAAUAACAACAAUUAACUGUAGCGGCAGAGCGGCCAGCCAGCUGUGAUGGUAUUGGUGAGCAUGAACGAGCAAACGUCGUUGUCGUUGUUGUCGUCUCGCACACCAAAUCUUUGACUCACUCGCACUCACACAAACACAUACACACUCACAUAUAAGCUUGCAAAAAGUGUAUGAAAAAAGUCAGCCGCUGCAAAAAUUGUUGUUAAGACAAAUAAACAAAAAUAAGUAAAAAGAAAUUCGCAAGUUUGUUGCUCGAAUGUAAUAGUGUGCGUGUGCGUGUGUCUGAUGAGCGACAGAGUAAAAGAGAGAGAUAGCAAAUGGCAGAGAGCAAAAGUUACUUUAUCCCGGUAACGAUCUGGCAACACCAACAACAACAUCAGCAGCAAAAAGCAAAAGAAAUUGCGUUGCGGCAAUGGCAACAAUUUGCAGCAAUAAGCUUGAAAAUUAUCGCGUUAAAAAUGUUCAUGUGUCUGAUACAGCAGCAACAACAUCAAUAAUAAUAAUAAUCGACAAUUCAAAACUGAAAGAAAGCAAAAGGAAUUAUUAAAUAAAACCGCCACGGGCUUUAAGUGAAGAAAAAAAUCCAAUCGAGCGGAAUAAUUUGAAACUCUUUUAAUGUGUGACAAAUAUGAAUUAAGAAUUCAACCAACUAAUUUAACUACAACAAAUCCAAAUCGAAGAAAAACACUAUCAGCAAUACAAAAUAAUUCAAAAAAAGAGCGAACGACUUGUCGCUGAUAGGUAAAUCCAUAUAAAGCGCCGCAUCAGCUGCAAUUGUGCGAUAAGCUGUCUCUGUCAGUGGCUAUAGAAGAAACGCCUCAAGCUGACGCCGACACCGACUAAAAUGUCAACGGAGCGGGAGCUGGCGGGCGGACCAGCUCAGCUCCAUACGCUGCCGUUGACAUUUCAGCCCGAUUUGGGAACUGCGCUGCAGCUGAACUCCGUUGGCAUCAUUGGCAAGGCAUUUGAGUCACAGUGGACCACUCCCUCGCCCACGCGGCCUCAGAGCCCCUCUCAGGCGCAGACUAGCUUCGACACGCUCACAUCACCACCAGCGCCCGGUUCUUCGGUAAAUCCCACCGCUGUCACCAGCCCCAGUGCUCAGAAUGUGGCUGCCGGCGGUGCCACAGUUGGUGGCGCUGCUGCUGCAGCUGCGGCACAGGUUGCCUCUGCUCUGGGCUCCACCGGCAGCGUGUCGGCGGCAAUUGCCGCUGCAUCGCCCACCACUCAACCGGAUAUGCCGGUGUUUACGUGUCCACGACGACCGAAUCUGGGCCGGGAAGGCAGACCGAUUGUGCUGCGGGCGAAUCACUUUCAAGUGACGAUGCCGCGAGGAUUUGUGCAUCAUUACGAUAUUAACAUACAGCCGGAUAAAUGUCCACGCAAGGUGAAUCGCGAGAUUAUCGAGACAAUGGUGCAUGCCUAUAGCAAGAUCUUUGGAGUGCUCAAGCCCGUAUUCGAUGGUCGCAACAAUUUAUACACUCGCGAUCCGCUGCCCAUUGGCAACGAGCGUCUGGAGCUGGAGGUGACAUUGCCCGGGGAGGGUAAGGAUCGCAUCUUUCGUGUGACGAUCAAAUGGCAGGCGCAAGUGUCGCUCUUCAAUCUGGAGGAGGCACUGGAGGGUCGGACACGUCAAAUACCCUAUGAUGCCAUACUGGCCCUUGAUGUGGUUAUGCGCCAUUUGCCCAGCAUGACAUACACGCCGGUUGGACGCAGUUUCUUCAGCUCACCCGAUGGCUAUUAUCAUCCAUUGGGUGGCGGUCGUGAGGUUUGGUUCGGUUUCCAUCAGAGUGUAAGGCCCUCGCAAUGGAAGAUGAUGCUCAACAUUGACGUUUCGGCCACCGCUUUCUACAAGGCACAGCCUGUCAUUGACUUUAUGUGCGAGGUGCUGGACAUACGCGACAUUAACGAGCAGCGUAAACCGCUCACCGACUCCCAACGCGUCAAGUUCACCAAGGAGAUCAAGGGGCUCAAGAUCGAGAUCACACACUGCGGCCAAAUGCGUCGCAAAUAUCGUGUUUGCAAUGUAACACGUCGUCCUGCUCAAAUGCAAUCCUUCCCGCUGCAGUUGGAGAAUGGCCAGACCGUGGAAUGCACCGUAGCCAAGUACUUUUUGGAUAAGUAUCGCAUGAAGCUGCGUUAUCCACAUCUGCCAUGUCUGCAGGUGGGUCAGGAGCACAAGCACACAUAUUUGCCGCUAGAGGUGUGCAACAUUGUGGCCGGACAGCGUUGCAUCAAGAAGCUCACCGAUAUGCAGACCUCGACCAUGAUCAAGGCCACCGCACGCUCGGCGCCAGAUCGCGAACGUGAGAUCAACAAUCUGGUGAAGCGUGCCGACUUCAAUAACGAUUCAUAUGUGCAGGAGUUUGGUUUAACCAUCUCCAAUUCCAUGAUGGAGGUGCGCGGUCGAGUGUUGCCACCGCCAAAGCUUCAGUAUGGGGGACGCGUCUCGGGCAUUGCCGGACAACAGCUGUUCCCGCCACAAAACAAGGUCAGUCUGGCGUCGCCCAAUCAGGGUGUCUGGGAUAUGCGUGGCAAGCAGUUCUUCACCGGCGUGGAGAUCCGGAUCUGGGCCAUCGCCUGUUUUGCCCCACAGCGCACAGUGCGCGAGGACGCGUUGCGUAAUUUCACACAGCAGCUGCAAAAGAUCUCCAACGAUGCUGGGAUGCCGAUAAUCGGUCAGCCCUGUUUCUGCAAAUAUGCCACCGGUCCGGAUCAGGUGGAGCCAAUGUUCCGGUAUCUAAAGAUUACGUUCCCGGGACUGCAAUUGGUUGUGGUCGUGCUGCCGGGCAAGACGCCAGUUUAUGCGGAGGUUAAACGUGUGGGCGACACGGUGCUGGGCAUGGCCACGCAGUGUGUGCAGGCCAAGAAUGUGAACAAGACCUCGCCACAGACACUCUCCAAUCUCUGUCUCAAGAUCAAUGUGAAACUGGGCGGCAUUAACUCCAUAUUGGUGCCAUCGAUACGGCCAAAGGUCUUCAAUGAGCCCGUCAUCUUUUUGGGCGCCGAUGUAACCCAUCCGCCCGCUGGCGACAACAAGAAACCAUCGAUAGCUGCUGUUGUUGGCUCAAUGGAUGCGCAUCCAUCACGCUAUGCGGCCACCGUGCGUGUCCAGCAGCAUCGCCAGGAGAUCAUCCAGGAGCUGAGCAGCAUGGUGCGUGAGUUGCUCAUUAUGUUCUACAAAUCCACCGGCGGUUACAAGCCGCACCGUAUCAUUCUCUAUCGUGAUGGCGUCUCCGAGGGACAAUUUCCCCAUGUGCUGCAACACGAGUUGACCGCCAUACGUGAGGCAUGCAUCAAAUUGGAGCCAGAAUACAGGCCGGGUAUUACAUUCAUUGUGGUGCAGAAGCGACAUCACACACGGCUCUUCUGUGCGGAGAAGAAGGAGCAGAGUGGCAAAUCGGGUAACAUUCCCGCCGGCACCACCGUGGACGUUGGCAUCACCCAUCCCACGGAAUUUGAUUUCUAUCUGUGCAGCCAUCAGGGUAUUCAGGGCACCAGUCGUCCCUCGCAUUACCAUGUCCUCUGGGAUGACAAUCACUUUGAUUCCGAUGAGCUGCAAUGCCUCACCUAUCAACUGUGCCACACCUACGUGCGAUGCACCCGCUCUGUCAGCAUACCAGCGCCAGCUUAUUAUGCCCAUUUGGUUGCCUUCCGUGCCAGAUAUCAUUUGGUUGAGAAGGAGCAUGAUUCCGGCGAAGGAUCGCAUCAGAGCGGCUCAUCCGAGGAUCGCACGCCAGGAGCCAUGGCCAGGGCCAUAACGGUUCAUGCCGACACCAAAAAGGUCAUGUACUUUGCCUAAAAAGUAUAAAACAAAAGCGUCACCAAAAACAACACACAAAACACAGCAACAACAACAACAAUUAAAUUUCGAAAAUGAAUUCGAAUAAGCAGCAAAAAAACAACAACAAAUUACAAAACAAAAAGAAACACGAAAAAAGCCAAGCCGAAAGCAUUAGAGAUUAAGUUUAAACAAUGUAGUGUUUAAGUUAAAGGUAGUAAGAAAUGCAGAUGAAGAAGAGCAAGACGGAAUGCCAGUAAAAACACACACACAUACACACACACACCCACACCCACAGCUGAAUAUAAAAGGGGAAUCGAAUGCUAAAGCACAAGUGAAAAAGAAAUUCUCAAAAAAGCGUAGUGAAACAAAUAAAAAUAUUACUAAAGGGAACAAAACGAAAGUCAAACAAAAAAACAAACAACAACAACAACUGCAACACACAUUUACGAUGAAACUUUUUGUAAUAGAAUAAAUUAUAUUUUUACACAAACUUAAAAGAAUAGAAGAAAAAAAAACACAAAAAAUGAAGACAAGAAUUGCAUAUAACCAAAGGUUUUUAGUAUAUCAAAAAAAAACGAAAGAAAAACAAUUGAAACAUGUUGCUGACGUUGCAAUACACACACAAACACACACACACAAUAACAACAACAAGAACAACUUUGAUUCUCUGUACUGUGAACGAAAACCACCAACAACAUGCAUAAGGUAAAAUAACAACAAAAUGACAAACAACAACAACAACAACCAGCUUGACAAGCAUUAAAGAGUGUAAUAAUAAUUAGCAUGUAUUAUUAAUAACAAAAAAAAGAACUUCAAUACUUCAACUCAAAGUCCAGAUUAUUAAAAGAAAUUUUAAGGAGAGAAUUGUAAAACUUUUUAGUAUACAUAAGUUGAAAAGAAUUACCAAAAACAAAACAAACAAACAAUAAGUGAAAGAAAUCCAGAAAGAUUAAGAAAUAAAACUCCAAUUUCAACAAGGGAUAAAACUUUUGGUCAUACAAUUGCUAGUUAUAUUUAUACAUAAAUAUAUAUAUUUAGGCGACUUAUUUGUAACUAUAUAUUGUGUGCAGAACAAGAGAUAAACUAACAAUAACAACAAAAAACAAAAGAAAAGUUAAUAUAAUUUAAAAAUGCAAGAACAGACAGAUUUCAGUUAAAGCAAAAGUCAAUAAAGUGAGUUUUAGUUUUUAAGUUUAAGGUAAAUGAUUUGAGACAAACACACGUAGACUCACACACACACACACAGAAACACAUACAUACACACACACACACACACGGCAUAUCAACCCAAUGUCCAAUUAAUUUAUGUACCUUUAAAUUAGCUCAAGCUUAAGUUGCUUAAUUUUUAAUAUUAAUUCUAAUUAUUGAAGUCUUAACAAUAAUAUUACGUGGUGUACGGGUCAUAAACAAAAUGAAAACUAUAUUAAAUUCUAUUUAGUUAAAACAGGCAGCAAUUACCCAA